AUCGUUUGAAAAUUGAUGCCAGACAUGGAAAGAGAUAUGGAAGAGAAUAAAGAUGGUGUAGAAAAGAACGUUCUUUCAAAAUCGGAAAACUUCGAACCUGGUGCUGCUCGAUACGGAAAUUUCAUUAAUUAUUACUCUUUUAACUCUGUUUCCAAACGAUUAGGAGUGAUUCCAUCUGAUCUUCUUUUACAACUAAAUCUUAUUCAUCAACCAGCUUUAUGUUUGGACAUUGGAUGCAAUUCUGGGGAAUUAACACUUGGACUCUAUUCUCAUCUGACAUCAGCUUAUCAGGAGAAACCUGAUCUUCGUAUCUUGGGCAUAGACUUAGAUGAUGUUCUAAUCGAAAGAUGUAAAGAAUCAAAUGAAUUUGCAAAUCAUAUUACCUACAAAACUGUCAAUGUUAUGGAUGAAAGCUGUUUGAUGUUACUCAUUGCACAUUUGCAACAGUUUAAUCGUUCAGAAUUUGAUUUAAUUACAUGCUUUUCCACAACCAUGUGGAUCCAUUUGAAUCAUGGUGAUGAUGGUUUUAGUCAGUUUUUGAAAACAAUAUCUGGCAUUACAAAAUAUUUACUGUUAGAACCUCAAGAGUGGAAAUGUUACAAGGCCGCAGUGAGGAGGAUGACUCGGCUGAACAAAGAAGUGUUUGCUAUCAAAAAACUAAAAAUCAAGGAUGUGGUUCAGCAUAUAUCCACAUUCUUACGAACAGACUGCAAUAUGGAUUUUGUUUCUUGUUUUGGAGAGACAUCAUGGGGAAGAAAAAUGUAUUUGUACAAAAAAGUAAACUUAUAAAAUAAAUUCUAAACAAAUUUAACAAUUGCUUUG